CGCGUCGCUCUUUUACUCGGUCGGCUCGCGCUCAACGUCCACUACGCAUGCGAACAUAGCACGGUCACCAUCUGCGGCUGCGCGCAAUUUGCAGCGGCGGUACCUGCUACUUCGCGACCCGGCGUACUCACACAGUGACGUUUUAGAUGCCGCUGCUUGAGCUCAAUCUCGAACUCCUCGAUCACAUAUUCGGCCUCCUAUCCCGGCGAUCUCUCUGCGAUCUGGGAUCGACGUGUCACACGGCCCGCUGGUUAGUCCUCCCCGCGCUGCUCCGCGACGUGACGCUCGUCAGCGACCACCAAGCUCGCCAAUUCUGCGAAUUCGUCCUCGCCGGACGUUCCGCCCGCGCAGCCCUCAUCCGCUCCUUCACGAUCGAAGAUCCCGCGUUCUUGACACUUCACCUCAACGAUGUCGGUUUCCCAACCCCUUGCGGCGUGAUCGACUGCGCGCCCAAGCUCGCGGUCGUACUCGAGAAUGCUUGCAACAUUACCUCGCUUCGCCUUGGGAAGCUGGAUAUGCUCAUUUUGCAGGAACCACGUAUACAAACGGCUUUGCAAGCGUGUCGCACUCUCUUGGACAUUGCUUUCAGCGAUGUUGGACCACGAGCGAUGAGGGCCAUGAAGAACAUGUGCGGUGUACGACGGGCGCGGCUCGCAGUGACCGGCUGUUCUGAUAUUCCUGCACUCCUCCAACCCUUCCGUUCGUCACUGGAAGAUGUCUUGAUCGCUUCUCCUGGCACAGAGUUCAUAUCCAUAGCCCCGAACACGACCUGGCCCAACGUACACACCCUACGGGUCCCUCAUACCGCUCUUUCUCGUCCACAAAUCGUUUGCGCCUUCCCCCGCCUCAGGCACUUAGGAGUGGGCGUCUAUCAGCGCUUGUACGGGCCGAAAGACGUCCCUGAUGAUGUGAACUGGGCACAUCUGGAAUCCGCGGAAGGAGACGCGAUCGCACUGCGAAGUCUCCCUCUGACUUGUCCGGUGCGCAGGAUAUCCGCGCUCGUAUACGAGACCGAGGAGUCGAGGGCCGCGCUGCUAGACGUCCUACAAGCGACUCGGCCUGCGGUUCUGUGCUGUACGGUCGUCCCAUCCAUGUCGGAGGAAUUCUUCGUGCAGAUAAGCCGACGGUCGCCUGGCAUCCGCGCACUUGAGCUCAGCUUAUCGGUGUUUGCGGUAGGAAGCGACGAGGAAUUCGUGACGCUGCUGGCUCAACUGGCCACAUCCCUUGCGCACCUCAGGAUCCACUAUCUGUGCCUAGCCAGAGAACUGGGACUAGAUCCGCCUGCAUUAACCUCCGAGUUCAAGGAGACCGUCGCGCGGUCGGUGCAGUCGUUGAAAUACUUGGAGGAGCGUCAUUCGGCGGAAGGAACAUUCUGGGAGGUGGUGCGAGGCACGACUGGGAACGAGGUUACUCUGCGGGAGAUGCAGCCAGCGGAUGGACGGCGGAUACGAAGCCAAUGGUUCCAGCAUUGAGAGGACGCGGUGUAUUAUUUAUAGAACGAAGUGUUGCCUGAUCUCAACGUCAUGAUUUU